AUGGCCUUUGCAACCAAGGUACCUGUCGCUGCCUCCAUACCUGCUGUGCGUUCGCUGCGACCGCGACUUGAAAGAAAAAAGCCUUCGCAGCUGAGUCAGGACGGCCCGACAGGUUUUGCCCAAAUCAACCGGUCCUCCCCCUUCCUCCCUCCUGCAUCAACACCACCGUCCAUCUGGACUCCAUACAUCCCAAUUAACCGCACAGCCCAAUUCUUUGUUCAGAACUCUGUCGUACUCCUGGUCUGCCUGUCCUUCCACACUUGCACAUCGGCCAUCGGCCCUACCCAAUCGACCCCCCGGGUACUGAUCGAUCCACGGGACUUUCUUCGCUCUUCGACGCCACGGCGUCCUGAACAUCCAAACCAUCAAGUUGGCGGGCCUCUACAUCCACAAGUUUUCCUUCCUCCGCCCUCUUCUCGGCCCAAAGGCGUGGGUCUACGGAGGCGACUACAAGAAGCCUCCAUAACUGGUCUGCAAUCGCUUUCUCAUUCUUAUCCGUCCACCGCUGUCUUCCCACAAACCUCUUCCUCCUCUCGCCGCAGGGGUGUUGGAAGAACAGGCCCACCAGCCCUACGUCACCCACGGCUGCGUGUAGGUCAAGUUGAGCGCACCAGCGAGGUGGGCGCUCACAAGCGACUCACCGGAUUCGACGUAGCCCUUGCGCAGCAAGAGGCCGGGUUAUCGGAGUCGAAUCAUCCACGUCAAGUCGCAACCAUGUCUGACACUCCGAGAUCUGAGAAAUCCCAAACGAGGUUCAGCACUCCCGUGUCUGACCUCGAUGACCACCGUCAUCAGCCUGCAUCCUUACCCCGAGCAGACAUGGGAGGGUCCGGUCCUGGCACACGAAGGCCUACUUUUGCGAGCCUCCAUUCUUCCCCUGAAAGACCCAACCUGCUUCUCCAGGUCAACGAAGCGUUGGAGUCUCAGAACGUUACCACCAGGGACUUCGAAGACGCUGUCAUCGAUGAUGAACAUGCCUCCUACCUUUCUCCGGAGCUUGGCUAUGGGCGGGGCGGAUCCCUAGCUCCUGUUAGUCCUGUUGGACGCCGGAACACUUUCCGUCGACCACGUGAUCCCGCCGUGGAACGCUUGUCGAGAUCAAGAACAUCUUCCACUUCAUCCCGCUCCGUGUCUCCUCCUAACUCGGUCGAUGCUUUCGCAGACCCCCGCCGCCGUGACCGAGCCGCUACAAUCAAUAGCCGCCCGCCAUCAGAGCUUGAUCUUACCAUCCACAGGACCAUCUCUGGUGGGACUAGACGUCGCCCAACCAUCAGUGACGAGCGGCCCGAGGAUCUCCAUGCCGAAGUGGCUUCCGCCCAUAGUUCUGCCGAAGAAGAUGUGUGUUUCCCUGUUCCAGAGGACCCAGGGAAGACAACCCAAUUUGACUUCGAAGACCUUGACGAGUUUGUGGCAGAGUACCACGAGAAGACCCCAAUUGUUCAAUCUCUACGCCAUAAACAGAGUGUUAGCUCCCAGUUUUCAAAGGCCAAGGUUUUCAGCGACCUGCGACCCAAAACGGCCGUCACAGCAACACCGAAUGUGGACGGCGAUGCCACACCACUCAAGGAUGGAGCGAGUGCCUCUGCUCAGGAAAAGCUUGCCGAUGGAGGCCUCUCCCAUGUCUUCAAUAGCGAGAAACAUGGUAGUGUUACCGAGGUUAUGCUCAAUCGCUGGACUUUCUUCUCAUCCGAACUCGAUGAUACCAUCCACGCUGCCGAGCUCGGUGGCCUUCUUAUGCCGGGCGAACAUUUCCGCGACUUGUUUGAGCUUCCUAUGGACGGCGGUGUCUGGUGGCUGGAUAUGGUAAACCCUAGCGAAGAAGAAGUUUUCGCUGUUUGUAAGGCAUUCGGGGUUCAUCCCUUGACCCGCGAAGACAUUACCACCCAGGAGACACGUGAGAAGGUUGAAUUGUUCCACCAAUACUACUUCGUCUGUUUCCGCUCGUUCUAUCAAAUGGACAAGGAAUCGGAAAGCUACCUUGAACCGGUCAAUUUCUACGCGAUAGUGUUCAAAGAGGGCCUCCUCACUUUCACCUUUACUGAAAGCCCACACACCGCUAAUGUCCGUAAGCGUAUCGGGCGUCUCCGGGACUACAUCAAUCUAAGUAGCGACUGGAUCUGCUACGCACUUAUCGACGAUAUCGUUGACACCUUCGCACCGGUCCUUCGUUCCAUCGAGCACGAAACUGACGCCAUUGAAGAUCAGGUCUUCACUGCUCGACUCGAAGACUCUCGCGAAAUUUUAAAGCGCAUCGGCGACUGCCGCAAGAGAGUAAUGUCGCUGAUCCGCCUUCUCGGUGGCAAAGCAGACGUCAUCAAAGGCUUUGCGAAGCGCUGCAACGAGAACUACAAUGUAGCACCUCGUGGCGAUGUAGGACUAUACCUCAGUGACAUCCAGGAUCACGUCGUUACCAUGAUGUCAAAUUUGGGACACUUCGAGAAAAUACUGAGCAGGAGUCAUUCCAAUUAUUUGGCACAAAUUUCGGUCGAUCAGGUCAUCCAAGGGAAUCAGUCCAACAUUACGCUUGGCAAAGUUACGGUCAUUGCCACUAUUCUGGUCCCUUUGAACCUUGUCUGUGGUCUUUUUGGCAUGAACGUUCAUAUCCCUGGCCAGUCCUCUGAAGUAGGCGGUUAUGGGUGGUUUUUUGGUAUUCUUGGAGCUAUCGCGCUCUUCGUAACCGUAAUUGGUAAUAUGGAGAGUGAUUUUUGGUCUGUUUCUUGUAAUUCUCUCCUCCGCACCCUAUGUUUUGAGGAGUCGUAUUUUGUACGCAAGGAAUUAGUAGUAGAUAUAUCGACCUGGCUCAUAUUUAGCAAGUAUUACACAGCCAACAUCACACAAUUAUUGGUUGAUUUUACAUCUAAAUUGAGUGACCUGAACGGGAUUCGUGAUAUGACCACCACUUCUCAACGCGGCCUACGUUUAUCCAUCUUAUUAAUUACUAGACUACUGGAGAUUCUUUCAUUUUCACAGAUGAAAUGCCUCUCUCGAUCUCGAUCGCAGGAUGCUACGCCGAAUUCCAAUCAAACCAUAAUUACUGAGUCUCCACCACUUUCAACCAACGCUAGCGUUUGGAACCGUGUUAUUCACAUGUCAUUUGGCACCGCACAACAUCCUCAUUACUAUCGCACAUUAAUUCCCUUCAUUCCACGAAGCCACAUCGCGUCAUGA